AUGGGCCGUCUGGUCGCCGGCGCCAAGUUUCGCGGCGAGUUCGAGGAACGACUCAAGACCGUCAUCGACGAGGUUACCGCUGCCCAGGGCGAGGUCAUCCUGUUCCUCGACGAAAUGCACACCCUGGUCGGCGCCGGCGCCGGCGAGGGCGGCCUGGAUGCCAGCAAUAUGCUCAAGCCGGCCCUGGCCCGCGGCGAGUUGCAGGCAAUCGGCGCCACCACCCUGGACGAAUAUCGCAAACACAUCGAGCGGGACCCGGCGCUGGCUCGCCGCUUCCACCCGGUGUACGUCGAUGAGCCCACCGCCGAGGAAACCAUCACCAUCCUGCAGGCCUCAAGCCCCGCUACGAAGCCCACCACAAGGUAA